GAGCUGCGAGCAGCGCCGUCUGCUUUUCUUGCCUAUCUAUACCUAUACCAUCGCCCCGUGCAUUUCGUGGCAGGACUCCCGUCCACUGUUCUGUGUGUGCCCUUCAGGAAAAGCCCGCCGGCGUGUCCAUCAUGCCUCAAGAGAUAGCGCGCCAGUGGUUCGUUCCCGGUGAAGGCAUCGACCGCCAUGUCAUUUCUGCAGACAUCCAAAGAUAUCUGGGCAACGAUGCCACCGUCCGCCCCGGCGUGGGAACUGGAGAGAACCAGGGUGUUCAAGGAUACUGGAUAAAAGCCUAUAGAAACCUCACUAGUGCCAUGAUUGCAGAUUUGCGAGCAGACUCUGCACGAUGGCGACAAGAACAGCGCCAGACUGGUACACGAGAACCAUACGUUGGAUCGUCAACGUACCAUGCAUCCAGCGCCGGAAGAAUAUCGCACAAUCGCCGCGAAGGAGAUUCGCCAUCCGUGGAUGGACCGUAUGGCUUGCCUACGUCGUCGAGGGACAGAAUACCGGUUGAUAGAAUGCAAAUUGAUCCACCGCAACCCAACAGGGGAUACCCAUCGGACAGCCGUGCUCCCGCAUACCCACCGGAAAGCAGAACAUUUCCCUCUGAUGGCAGAGGAUAUGCACCGGAUGGUAGGUCAUACCCACAGGAUACGCAAAUUUCAGGCUUCGGAGCACGCCCGCCCGUGUCAGCCCCGUAUGGACAGGAACCCAGGUAUGCUCCAAGCUACCCUCAGUCCAAUGAUGGUCCACCUCCCGGGUACGUGAGGCAAGGAAACUACUUCGUCCCAGUCUCGUCUCCAUAUGACCCAGCGCCUUCUAUUCCCAGUAGAUCGGACCAGUAUGGUGGUGCUCCUGGAUUUGGACAGCCUCAACAAGGACGUGAGCCACCACGAGACUCCAGAGGAUACCCACAACAGGAGUAUGCGGAUCCAAGAUAUGCCUACCCUAGUCCGGCGGCCACCGUUUCUUCUGUAUCCGCUCGUGACCGGGAUCCCAUCGUCAGCCCGCAACAACCAAGCCCUUACGGCUCCAUACCCGCACAGCAAUACGACCAGUAUGGCGGCCGACGUAAGUUCCAGUAAAAGCAGCACCAAGCGAUCAUACAGCUGAUCGCUCCGCCAGCUGCUCCGAGUAAUCCCGGACCGCCAAGCUCCUCGUCCAGAGCGAACCGCGCCAGCGUCUUUGGAGGUCUUUCUGGAUCCUCGAGUAAUGAUCGCCGCUCCAGGAGAUAGAAGGCUGGGCUUCCCAUUCACUGCCCAGAUAAAAACUCCCACCUUGACGGAGGGAUUUCCGUACCACCAUGGAUUCAGGCUCUCAGCCCUUGGACUGACGUGCUGUGCUUGAAUCAUUGCCGACGGCUUUGUGUUGUCUGGCUUGCUGGGCAUUGCUUGUGACGCUCUCCGCGAAUUAUCCGUCACGUCCAAGCAUAUCGGCACUGGCCAAGCUUCACUUCGCCUGCGCACACCAAAAUUUCGGCCUGUGCGGCUUUUGCGCCGAACUUUUUUACAACAUGCCGCAACACAUCAACCAGGGUCAUCUUGCACCCUAUAACAUACGGAUUGGAUAUGCUAGAGGAUAGUUGAUUACUUGAACGAGGCUUGGGCUACUUUCGGAAUGCCAUGAUUCGCCUUCCGAGUAAUGUUGUAAAAUCCUUGACAGCUUUGGGUGGCAUUUUUAGUGGCGUCCUUGGAUAGCAUUUGCGCGGAGGCCCUUUGAAAACUGGAUAACGAUUGGGUUGGGUUAUGAUUGCGAUGAGCUGGCAAGGCAUGCACUCAUGAAGGUGAACGCUGAUUACAUGAGGCUAAUGAUGAUACAAUGGAAGGUCAACACUCCUUCUAA